AUGAGGAAAACAGACGACAAGAAGAUGGAUGUGGCAGAAAUGAGAGUGUUGAGAUGGAUGUCGGGAGUAACAAGGGAAGAUAGGAAUAGAAACGGGUAUAUAAGAGGAUCUACAAAGGUAGUUGAAAAAUCAAAGAAAAUACAGGAGGGAAGGCUUCGAUGGUAUGGACACCUGUUACGAAGAGAGGAACAUCAUGUUGGAAGACAUGCGAUGGAAAUGGAAGAGCGGGGUAAAACGAAGGAGGAAAGACCAAGAAAGAGAUGGCGUGAUUGUGUAGACUGUAGGGGAAGAGAUGAAAACAGUAGUGAUUCAACGAAAGAUGAUGGAGUUAAAACCAAACCGUAUACGAGAGCCUCUAAUUCCGUUUUCUGGAACUAA